CCCGGUGGACGAGGGCUGCCCCUUUGACGUGGCGGCUAGCACAGCCUGAUGAAAAACUAUAAAAAUCUAGCCUAUUUCGAGGUCCAGUCCAUUUUACUGGUCAGUUUUAGCACUAUGGCGCGUUGGACUACUACUUCAUUCUGUUUGUUCUUGAUUUUGGCGUGUGUAGAGAGUGGAUUGAUCCACACGGAAUUUCAUGUGGAUGCGGAGCUUGCAUUGGGUGUGGAUCAAAAGGACAACGCCAAUGAUACCUCACCAAUGAUGAGAGAGUCAAACGACGCCUCUGUUGUAUCAGAAACCCGAACAGACAGCAACGUCUCUAGCAAUACUACAGCCGCGGACAAAAUUUUGAUUAUCAAGAAUGAAACAAAAGAGCUUUUUGAAGAUUUUAACAAGUCUCUGGUGUCCUCAAAUUCAUCUCCAGAGACCUCUCUGUUUAUCGGAUCUGCUACAGGUGAAAGUUUGAUUGACGCGAGCUCGAAAGGAAAUGUCGCAGCCGUCGACGAUGCGAAUCUGACAAGUGAUAAAACAACCCAGAUCACCACUGAUAUUAAAUCCACACAAACAUUUUCUUCCCAAAUUCCCCCUGACUCUCCCACGCCCACGUUAAGCUCAGUGACCAAUUCCUCACUGGUUGCCAAAGAAUCAGUGACCAAUGCCGAACAAAUUACUACGUUUCCAUCCGUCUCCUCAAAUAUGGACGUCACUGACGUUCACACUCAGACCCCGCCAUUAUCAAGUACUGAAGUCUUAGCGUCUGCACCGUCUGAUGAUGUCCAGGUCUCAGUAUCCGAGACCACAGGGGGAGCAGUCCUUGAUGGGACCCUUGAAACAGUUUCUACAUCGGCCCCUGCUGUAGGAGACGUCUCAACCACGCCAUUACCUGCUGUAGCAGACGCAGAGCUUGUUGAAAAUUUAUCGAUGCUUUCCAAGACAAUGGAUGGGUUUGAUUUGAUUAUGGACAGCGCGAUCGAAGCUUCGAUCAACGAAAGUAAAGGUUUAUUUGAUACUACCGUGAGUGAUACCUCUGCAGCACCAGCUAAUCAAGAAAUUGUAUCCACUGGCGGCCCAUCACUUGAUUCAGGGACAACCGAAACUGUACUAACCUCAACUGGUAGUGUUUUUGAAACCCUUGCUAUUUCCGCAUCAAACAACAUAGGUGCUAGCGAGAGUAUUUCUUCCUCUUCAAAUAUUUCAACAGACACAACAACAAACGGGGUUGAGAACGUUGAUAUGGCAGCGUCGAUGUCAAUAACAACAGCGGUCGAAACUCCAAUUGAAACAACGACCUCUGCGGACAACGUUGUUAGCGCACAGAUUAAGACCACGGAAAAGUUUACUGAACCAGUCAUUACACCAGUUGUAUCAACAGGCGAAAGCUUGCAAUCAACAGAAACUCCAACGGUUCCAACUCCAGUAUCAGCGACAGUGAAACCCACAGACAGCACAGACAAUGUUGUCACAUCUACUGAAAGAAUGGUUAUAUCUUCGGACUCUACUGUUGAAAACCAAGUGGGAACAAUAAAUACAGACGAUCUAUCUCCCCCUACUGUGGUUGUUGACCAGGCUACUUCUGAUGUAGUAGAGACAACGGUAGAGACUUUAGAAAAUAAACCAAUAGUAGACACAACAUCGGAGACCAAUGCACAGCAAGAUACAACAACCAUGCAGAAUACUGCAGAGUCGGUCUCAGCAACGUCAUCAGCCUCAUCAGGAACUGGAAGUACAAAGAUUGAAGGCACAAUAUCAACAGUUUCUGACAUGACUUCGCAAGCCGUCGAAGCAAAGGUGUCAUCUACAACUCCACAAGCUAAGGAGGAGAUUGAAGGCACAAUAUCAACAGUUUCUGAUAUGACUUCUGAAGUCGUCGAAGCAGCGGUGUCUGCAACAACUCAACAAGUCACGAAUAAGAAUACGAUAGAAGUAGCAGUGCAGUCAACAACUGAUAACAAUGUGCAACCAACAGAAGAGGUCGCAACAAGCCAGCCAACAUCAGAUAACAUUGUGCAACGAACAGAAGAGGUUGCAACAAGCCAGGCAACAUCAGAUAACAUUGUGCAACCAACAGAAGAGGUUGCAACAAGCCAGGUAACAUCAGAUAACAUUAUGCAACCAACAGAAGAGGUUGCAACAAGCCAGGCAACAUCAGAUAGCAUUGUGCAACCAACAGAAGAGGUGGCAACAGAUCAGGCGACAUCAAAUAUUGUUGCAGAUACAAACAAUUCGGUGACAACAUCUGUCGAUCUGGCACAAACAGCAAAUCUAGUCUCAUCCACAAGUUCAAGUAUAACUGGAACUGUGGAUAUGACAGAAUCAAUAACAACAAACAACCUAGAGACAACAGACGCUCCAAGUACAAAUGCACCUACAACAACAACAGAAUCAGUCACAACAACGACAACAACAAAAAGGACGACAACAACAGCAACCACAGAGGCCCCCUCGACAGCAAGCACCACCCCGAGACCAUGCCCUGUGUACCAAACCAAGUACAACCGGAACGACCUUCUGGUGACCACUGAGCCCGAGGGCUGUACCAUGAUUUCAAAGAUAGUGGACUUGAGAGGUCAAUUUAGGGGGUCUAACCGCAUGAUAUGGAGAAAAAUGCACGCAGGCCUGAGAGGACUGCGGUACCCCGAUGUUUCCUUCAAAUACGAGGGUGAAGAUGGUGGAACCGACGAGAAGUGUCGAAUGCCCACUAAAACAGUGGGGCCCUAUAUUGUUGUAGAUACCAUACCGGGGCGAUGCCAAAUAGUGAUUGGUUUGAGAAGCGUUAGAGCCCCUAUCCAGAUAAAUAACCCACCCGGAAAGAAAGGGCCACCACAGCGCCUCUUUAGAUUCCGAUUAGUCAUGCGUCCCGUGGUGGAAUAUUUAGAGGGAGACUUGCUGUAACUGGUCGGCGCCAAAAUUUGUGGACAUUCAGAUUCUCAAAUUUAGAUGCGAAAUAGUAUUGUUAUUUGUUGAAAUCCAUAAAAUAAUAAACAAUUUCAUACAU